AUGAGUGUUGCGGAGUUGGUUCGACAGCCCGGUCGUGACCAUCUUCCCUAUCUCACUGAGUAUCCACAUGGACAUGGUCAAACAUGGUUCAACCGAUCCGGGAACGGGAUCAGCGCAUGGAUCAACCGUAUGAUGUACUCUGCCCUCGACAAGGGACAUCCGACUUUCACUCACUUCCCCGUCGAGAAGCAGCAUCUGUGGUUUCGUCAGUUUGCGCAAGAAUUCAACUGGAAUUCCGAUGAUACGCUCUCUAUCUAUAACCAUUUUGUCCAUAAAGUUAUGGACAACUAUGGGAAGCAGAUGUACGAGUGGAAGAAGAAGUGGGAAGUAAACAAGGUCCCAAAGUCGAUGAACGACACGGUAUGGAAGGAGUUGUGUGAGCAUUGGGAUAAGGAAGAGACGAAAGAAACUUCUUCCACCAACUCCAACAACCGCAGGAGCGACCGUAAAGGGAAGGGCAUCUACAAGCAUAACUUGGGUGCCCAAUCUAUUGCCACUCUCGCGGAUCGCAUGGCGGAAGAAAAUGAGGGCGAGCCGGUUGAUGAUCUCGCCCUAAUGAAAAGGGCGUAUACCAACAAGAAGACCGGUCAGAUUGAUGAUGGUCUUGUGAGGGACGUGGUCGACCUGGUCCAAACUCAGGUGUACGACGAAGUGUCUCAGCUUCAAACCGAUGAUGACGAUUCGACGGCUUCGACCAACUUGUCCCGGGUUCGAAUCAACGAAAUCGUUGAAUCGUCGGUUCCAAAGAAGAAGGGACGUAUGGUCGGUUUGGGUCGUCGCUCCCGGUCGGCUGCUCCUUCUUCUGCACCACCGCCAUAUGUUGAUCCGGAAGUUCUUACGGCUCAGCUGAAGGACAAGGAUGAUCGGAUAUCUGCGUUGGAGACCCAGAUGGCAGCUCAACAGGCGGGCUAUGAGACCCAGAAGAGGCUCAACGAGCAGAUGAUGGAGAUGAUGAAGAGGAUGUACCCGAACGAGGUGUUCCCGAACAUCCAAGACCCGUUUUCUUCCCUCGGAAAAUUCCGAGGAACAUAUUUCCCUCGGAAUUUUCCGAGGGAAUGGAGUUCCUCGGAAAAUUCCGAGGGAGUUUUGUCCCUCGGAAUUUUCCGAGGAACAUAUGUUCCUCGGAAUUUUCCGAUAAACAUUCCGAGGAAUGUUUUGUCGAAACUUCCGAGGAUUGGACCAUCGGAAUUCCAUCGGUAUAUUCCGAGGAACCUUCCGACGAACAUAUGUUUCUCGGAGUUUCCUCGGAAUUUUGUUUCCUCGGAAUUCCGUCGGAAAUUUCCGACGGAAUUCCGAGGAAGUAUGAAUUUCCGAGAAGAUAUUUCCGAGGACUUUUUUCGUCGGUAUGUCGUCGGAAUAGCGUUAUUCCGACGACAUACCGACGAUUUUUUCCCUCAGUAUCCCGAUGUUUUCUUGUAGUGAUUUUUUAUUAUUAUAUGAAUGAAUAAUUUUACAAUUCUUAACCCGGUAUUUAUAUGAGCCUCAAAACCAGAUUUCCUUUUCCCUAUAAUUAAAAAUACAUACUUAUCUAGAAAAAAAAUUUUCUAAACAGAAAAUGCAUACACCCAACGAAUACUGGGCAUUUACUGGUGCACAGAGAUUUAAGACACUCCAUGGUGCAACAAUUGAUGAUAUUGUUUAGAAAUAGAACAUCUUAUAAAAAGAAACCAUUUAUAAACCAAAAAAAAUUACAACUAUCUUGCCUAACCAAACAAUUUGAAGAGGAAAAAUAUUUUGGAUGAUACAUUUUCAAUACUGUUCAUAUAUUUGGUUUAGUCUAUGCAUAACCAUCAAAGGAAAUUCAUGCACAACAUUUCAUAAAAUCAGGCUUCAAACACUUUUAGUGAUACAAAACAAAAUUGGGCAUUUAAAAAAGUUACGAGGCUCCUUCUAUGCUUUCCUUCACAUUUUUCCAGUUCAGCUGGCUUCAAAGAAAACUUUAGAUGCAUUUGUUCAGAUUUCUCUGGUUAAGCUAACUUCAAAGAAAUCUACACUUAUAUCCUAUUUUUUACAUUAUGGGCAACCGUAAAACAUUUCUAACCGUUAUCAGACCAAAUACAAAUUCUCUUGAAAAAUCAUAAAUGAUUAAACACCAUACACCAGAUUUUUACCUAAUUUAAGCCACUUAAGUAUACUUUCGUCAUCCUAGUUCUUUAAGUACAAAAAUCUAAGGUUCUGAAUGAUGAUGUGCGGGACAACUGUGGAACAAGUGCAGUACGGUUGUAAUAUUAACAAAAAUAUAUAAAUACAUAAAUAUAUAUAUAUAAUUUUUGUUACUAUUUAUGGCGAUGUGGUGCAGAGCUGUUUGUCACCGAAGCCUAAAUAUAUUUGACUUUAUAGUGUAUACUCUGUACAUCCAAAGACAUACCAUUGCGAGUCCCAAAGAUAGUUUGUUUAGUUUCUUUUUUGCCUCUUCAACUUUCUUCUUUCUUCUUGGGUCUUUUCACCCUACUUCCCUCUCCGUACCCUUUCUUUAUCAUCAUGAACAUUUUCCACCGCUUCGUCACAUCUCAAAAGUUACAUAAAUAUAUAUUAUAUACACGCACACACCCAUAUAUAUACGUACUCAAACUAACAUCCCUAUCUCCUCUCUCUCUAGCACAAACCCAUCAACCAUAGUUACGGUGUC